CUUGCCUCGAACAGCUGGAGACCUCAGACCACAUACUUCUUGACCUCCGGCUUCCUCCUUACCUUUAGAACGGCGUCAACCCGCAAUUUUAUACCACCCGCAACAUGAUGUCGUCGCCGUCGAAGAAAAAGCCCGAGGUCGUGGCGGAUAGGGUGCUCAAGAGGGCUGAAAUCAGCAAGAUGGCCCGAAGGCUCCAAAACCGUCUUGCCCUCGCGCAGUUCAAGACAAAGCAUAACCUGGUGAACGAGACACUCGACACGAUAGAGCCAAAGUUCGAGCAGGAGAUGCGCCGCAGACGCUUGCAGGAUGGCGAUAUCCUGUCCGACUCCUCCUCUAGCGCUUCCGACCUUCCAUACCCAUCCAGGACGCUGAUGAGCUCGCCGCUCAAGGCACCGCUGUUUUCCGAUGCCAUUGGGUCCAGCAACGGCAGCAGCGGGCACAGGAAGCGUACCUAUCUUGCCUCCUUCGACGAAACGUUCUCGAGCCCGAGCAAGCGGUUUCGCCAGUCCCCGACAGCGUACAGGUCUUUCUCGACCCAUCACCAUUUCACUCAAUCGUCGCCAAUAAAACCGAGGCGUCAGCAACAUUUCACUACGUCAACCGGCCCAGAUCUGUCUUUCUAUUCCGGAUCCCGGCAGAUCAAUGACGUUCUUACCACCAACUACGCUGCCAAUUCUGAUGAUGAGGACGAUUUACCAACCCACUCCUUCCAAGCCAGCCAUGUGCGAGUAUCGCCGCCCCGAACACCGCCUAUGCGAAGCCGCAGCCUGGUCAAGAAGCCAAGGGACAAGCAAACAGCGGACGAGUCCAAGACUGAGGAGGGUGCGGAUCUGCUCCUAUAUCUGGCUGCAUCUCCCUCCCCUGCGAACCCGCCGAAGAACCGGAUGGACCCCCCAUCCACGCCGCCACCGAAGAACAAGCUAGCGCUGCCGUCCUCGAUGAUGACUACCCCCGGCGGGGGGAACCCUUACCCAGCGACUCCUGGCCUCGGUUUCGACUUCGCCGAGUUUUUGCAUAUGACGCCCAGCCCGGCGCAGAAGCCGUGGAAGACCCCUCUCACAGGAGGCAAGACACCACGCAGCGCGACGAGGAGACGUCUCACUUUCGACGAUACUCCCUCAUAAGGGGCCGUUCGCCGUCAUCCGAAAGUUUGCUCCUGUCGGUUAUCGUCCAACUCUUUCCCAUCAAUGUUCCCAUAUGGUUGUUCUCAUCCCAACCGCAAAUGAGGACCGGAUUGCUUUUCGAUACCUCCUGAAACCU